AUGUCUCUCGCCUCCUUCCCUGAAGAACUAGUCGAGCAUAUCCUGGCUGACGCUGUCAUUGCCAGUCCAGCUCCUUCACUUCGGGCAAGUUGGCACACACCUCUUGACCUUCGUACGCGAGUCGCACCAUUACUCGUAUCAUCCAGUUUCCACCGAAUCGCCGUUCCUCUUUUCUACCACACCGUUGUUAUUCACACUCCCGGCCAAUCCAAAGCUCUGCUUCAAGCAUUGCAUAAACAACCAUCACUUGCUCGGAGUGUUCGCAGACUCGUUCUACUCGCCCCAGCCGAGACAGACAUCGAGAUUCUCCAGUUGCUAGCUCAUGUCCAUUAUCUCGACAUCACAUUACCUCUCGAAGACCGCGAAUUUGGGCUAGCAGGAGCCCUACAUGGUCUUCACAACCUCGAAGAGCUUGUGAUUCGCAAAGGAGCUGCGACUUACCUUUCGCAGCGCGGCCCUCGUGCUGUGCUCGAUGCUCUAGCUGGCGUUAUUACUUCUUGUCCAAAGCUUGACUCAGUCACCAUUGCAUUCCCUCUUUCCGCCGACCAUUCACUCUCCCCAUUGGUUGAUGCGCUGACAUCCGCCUCUUCAUUGACAACUCUCCGCACUCCUGUCCCAUCGUUCUGGUCCCCAACAUUGCUCAACAUAUCUUCCAAUCCUGCCCUCCAAGCACUAUGUCUAGGAGACGAUCUGUCAGGCAAGAGCGCCGAACAUCGUCGGCCCGUCAUGGCCUCCUCGCUUUUCCUCUCCGCUGCUCGCCAGCACGGACGACUAAGCGACCUCAUUCGGGCUGGCACUUCUGUUGUUGGAUGGCGCAGUCGUGCAUGGACCAUGGGUAGUGUCGAUCUGGGCAACCCUCCAGCAGUCAACGCAGAAGCUCGGUUCGACUCCUCGUGUUGA